AUGUCUGACGUUGAAGAAGUCCAACAAGUUCCAGUUGAGCAGCAAGAGGUUACCAUUGAGGAUGCCUUGAAGGUUGUCUUGAGAACCGCCUUGGUCCACGAUGGUUUGGCCAGAGGUUUGAGAGAGUCCGCCAAGGCCUUGACCAGAGGUGAGGCUCAGUUGGUUGUCCUAGUCGACUCUGUCACCGAGGACAACAUCAUCAAGUUAGUCGAGGGUUUGGCUAACGACCCAGAGAACCAGGUCCCAUUGAUCAAGGUUGCUGACGCUAAGCAGCUAGGUGAGUGGGCCGGUUUGGGCAAGAUCGACCGUGAGGGUAACGCCAGAAAGGUGGUUGGUGCCUCCGUGGUUGUUGUCAAGAACUGGGGUGCUGACACCGCCGAGAGAGAGAUCAUCUUGGACCACUUCUCUCAGCAAUAG